ACAUUUUGUUUUUUAAAUUUGAACUUUACGCAAAAAUCACGCCACAAAAUAUGGCUUGUAACAUGCUUGGCAUCGCUAGUUCUUCUCUGGCUCGUUCUUCGUGUUAUUUACGAGGAGUGAGAGGCAGUAUAUAUCGGGAAACGAGGAUUUUUUCAACACAGUUUCUGCCAUGUCGUUUUGGAUAUAGAACGUAUAGUGUAUGUUCUAAUUCUUCAGAUAAGUAUGAAUCUUCCAUUGAUGGAAAUAAACUAAUUUCUGACUUAACAGACUGUCGUAUUACAGUCAGGACUAACGACUAUUUCAGAAACAUUACCAAUAUUCCCACACAAGUUUCUGAAAACAUUGCAAGUUCUGAACUUGACGAUGGGUGUCUAACCGCUCAGCAAGGAAUUUCACAGCACACAGAAUUUCUAGGAAUCGAGGUUUUUCCAGAAAUUUUUGACAAACUUCCUCCAAAGUGUACUGGUUGUGGUGCUAUCCUGCAAAGCCAGAAUGAAAACAGACCAGGUUAUAUUCCUGAAAAAAGAAAUCCAAGCCUUUCUAGGAAUUCUGAAGAAAACUCAUUUAUGGCAGAGAAAAUUUGCUCAAGAUGUUUUAGCCUGAAGCAUUAUAACAAAGAUGUCCCACCGAUGAUUUCACCUGAAACUAUUUCCAAAUUUCUAACCCACAUAUCUCGUAGAAAAGCAUUGAUAUUAUAUAUUGUUGAUAUCAUGAAUGUUCCUGGCAGUUUUGCUGAAGAUAUUUUAAAAAUUGUUGGUGAGACAAAGCAUAUUAUCCUGGUCGGCAAUAAAAUAGAUCGAUUACCAGUCGAUGGACAUCCAAGUCAUCAAAUUCAACAUUUGAAGAGGAUUUUGUCAGAUGAGGGAAGAAAAUUUGGGUUGCAAAAUGCAAAUAUACAAGAGGUCUCUGUGAUUAGUGCAAAAACCGGGUUUGGUAUACUCAGCUUGGUUCGAACAAUCAAUAAACACUGGGGGAAAAACUCAGAUGUUUAUUUAGUGGGGUGUAAUAACUCAGGCAAGACAACAUUGUUUAAUCUUCUUGUUGACCUGUUCUCCGCAAGUCGGCACUCUGAUAAUAUGUUGCAAAGAGGAACUGUCAGUGAAUCCGCCGGGACAACGCUCAGUCUCUUGCGAUAUCCCAUAACAAAGCAUAGAUUUUUGAGGUUGCAAGAUCGUCUUAAAACUGGAUAUUUGGAGAUGAAAAGCAAAGAAAACCAACAGGAAGUAGACCUUAGUGGUGACAUCAUUGAGAAACAGUCCACAAAAUAUCGAGAUAUCAAGGAACCAGCAGAGAACGUCUCGAAAGCUUUGUCACCCUACCAGCUUCAGUUUGUGACCAGACAGAAAGAUCACCUCCAAGAUGAACUUUCAUGGUUAUAUGAUACACCUGGAUUAUACAGCAAAAACCAAAUUACUCAUCUUUUAUCAAACCAAGAGCUUAAGUUGCUCAACCCAACAUCAUGGUUCGUUCCUCGUACGGUCAUCCUGAGGCCUGGGAAAGUUCUGUUUGUUGGUGGUUUAGCAAGAUUAGACUAUCUGAAUGUGAAAAGAAUGUCAACUGUGGAUCCUAGCAAAGAAGAUGAGAUACCAAAAGCCUCACAGUCUAUUUUCUUCACAAUUUUUGCUUCGCCAAAUCUUCCUAUUCAUGUAACAAGCUUAGAGAGUGCUGAUGGUGUGUAUUCUGAGCAUGCUGGUGGUGAUCUUUUGAAGGUGCCCUGUGGUGGGAAGACACGAAUGGAAGAACUCCCAGAGCUCAGUGGCCGUGUGUUUGAAAUGACAGGUGUUCAUUGGAAGCGAAGUGUCGCUGACGUCAUGUUAUCAAAUGUCGGCUGGGUUGCAGUGACGGCAGGCUCGGGUUUAGUUGUGACACUAAAGGCGUACACACCCAGUGGCGCUGGUCUGUACCUUAGAGAGCCUUCACUCCUUCCUACCAGUGUACGACAACGAGGUCGACGUGGUGUUCCAUAUCUUGGUCACGUUAACCACUCGCUGUAUCAAGGAACGCGAAAGAGAAGCCCAGCGCUGGCAAAAUAUUUUACGGACGAAAACGUUGGUGCGACACAAUGGAUGGCUGUCGCUAAGAAGAAGCGGAAACAACAGAGAGCGAUGUUGAAAUAUGAGAAAACAAGCUACAAUUCCAGGUUGAGACUUGGUUUUAGUGCUCGGAGUAAUCCAGCCCGGUAUCUGCCAGAUUAUGAUGACGAAGGGAUGUUGGAGAGUGGAUCAAGGGAAAGGAUUGAAGAUAGCGUUGUUGGACGUAAAGAAUGAAAACCAAGAAUCUCUUUGAUUUGAGACCGGAGAUCAAGGUACAUUUAUUUCCCCUAAAGCGGGGUUUAAUGUGUCAUAUCUAUAUAUAUAAAUGACUUGCCCGGAACAUUUGGCAGUCGUAGGUUUACCAAAGAAACAAGUUGUGUGCAAAUAGUACACAAACUAACGGAAGUAGCUCACGGAUCUUUACCAGAUUGGUUCACAUACAAAAUAUGUAAACUAUUUAGGAAUACAAAGUGAGUCUG